AUGCCGAUCGAAUGUGGUCCUCUCAACAUAAUCCCUCUAGGUGCUCGUCCAAACGGUGCUUUAAAACUGUCAAAGCUCCUCGAGAAUAUUGGAGCUCGAUUGUACAAGAAACAAGUCUUAGGCACCCAUUUGGAAAACGACCCUUCCCUUCUGACUAGUUCUUCUUCUCAACCUCGAUUAAUCCCAGAUGCCUCCUGUUUACGCCACUCAUCGAAUAUCACUCAGCGUUUUACCAUCAAGGCAAGAGAUUCAGAAGCUAUAGGGUUUUUAAAGCCAAAAUCCCAUUUUCACUUGGCCGCGUUCAAUGUCCGCACGCUCUAUCAGUACAAGAAACUGGACUCUCGUUGGCGCCAGCCGCCAGUCCUGUGA